AGGGAUCACCAUGUUGACCAGCAUUGCCGAUGGGCUCCUGUGUUGCCUGAUGGGCAAGACAGCCAACGUGGUCAGUCCCCUGGAGAGCGUCGAGUCGCGCGACGGCUUUAGCUUCGUGGAGGUGAAGCCCGGGCGCGUCUUGCGGGUGAAGCACGUCGCCCCGGCCCGGCCGGCGGGGGCGGAGGAGGCGGCCCAGAGGGCCGGCGCCGUGCGCUGCAAACGCCGCAUCGCCGUGUACCGCAACGGGCAGAUGGUCAUCGAGAACCUGGGCGAAGCCGUCCGCUCCGACAUCCUGCACGGCCAGAACGGGACGGAGCCCAACAGCACGGUGGAGCUGGAGGUCCCCGACGCCAACGCCGCCCCGGCGGCCAACCCUUCCGCCCCGGCGGCCAAGCGGCGCCGGCGCAAGCCCAAGAAGCUGGUCAACAUCGACUGCACCAAGUUCAUCAGCAGCUGCAAGGGGACCCACGCCGACGUGGUCCUUUUCUUCAUCCACGGCGUGGGGGGCUCUCUGGACAUCUGGAAGGAGCAGCUGGACUUCUUCACCAAGCUGGGCUACGAGGUGGUGGCCCCGGACCUUGCCGGCCACGGGGCAAGCUCGGCCCCGCAGAUCGCGGCCGCCUACACGUUCUACGCCCUGGCGGAAGACAUGCGCGCCGUCUUCAAGCGCUACGCCAAGAAGAGGAACAUCCUCAUCGGACACUCGUACGGGGUCUCCUUCUGCACCUUCCUGGCCCACGAGUACCCGGAUCUGGUCCACAAAGUCAUCAUGAUCAACGGAGGAGGCCCCACGGCGCUGGAGCCCAGCCUGUGCUCCAUCUUCAACAUGCCCACCUGCGUCCUCCGCUGCCUCUCGCCCUGCCUGGCCUGGAGCUUUUUGAAGGCCGGCUUUGCACGCCAAGGCUCCAAGGAGAAGCAGCUGCUGAAGGAAGGGAACGCGUUCAACGUCUCGUCCUUCGUCCUGAGAGCCAUGAUGAGCGGCCAGUACUGGCCCGAAGGGGAUGAAGUCUACCACGCCGAGCUCACGGUGCCCGUGCUGCUGGUGCACGGGAUGCACGACAAGUUUGUGCCUGUGGAGGAAGACCAGCGGAUGGCCGAGAUCCUGCUCAUUGCGUUCCUGAAGGUGAUCGACGAGGGCAGCCACAUGGUGAUGCUGGAGUGUCCGGAGACGGUCAACACCCUCCUGCACGAAUUCCUGCUGUGGGAGCCUGAAGUGGUUCCGGCUGGGGACGGGCCCGAAGCGGAGAAGAAAUAAAAACAA